AUGCACUCUGCCAUGAUGCUUCUGGGUGUUUUGUUUGGCUUGCUGACCCAGGCGUGCACUCUACCCAUCAAGAAUUCUACUGGAGUGCACGAGGGAAAAGUGAGAUCGAAAAGGAAAUACUCAGAUGAAAUGCCGGACCGCGAUGAAAUGAACACAAUGGAUCAAAUCCUGGACGUCAACCGGAGAUUGCGAGGCCCCCGAGGACUUACCUUCAAAGAGGGAGAUAUUGCGAGCUCAUAUCCGCGGAGUGCCAUAACUUGCCCAGACAACGCCUGUAUGUGGCAAAAAUCAGUUGAUGGAUUUGUUUAUGUCCCCUUCAUGCUCUCUCCACUAUAUGAUGAUAUGGACAGAAUCACCAUAGAAACUGGGAUGCAAGACAUCGCCUCAGGAACGUGUAUUAAAUUCAUUCCACGCACUCACGAAGCCAACUUCCUGGAUAUUCAGCCUCGAUAUGGCUGUUGGUCGUUUCUGGGGCAGACCGGAGGCAGCCAGGUCCUGUCCCUGCAGACACCCGGGUGCAUGUGGUCAGGAGUGGCCUCGCACGAGUUAAUGCACGCCCUGGGCUUUGUCCACGAGCAGUCUCGCUCGGACCGGGACCAGUAUGUCUCCAUUGUGUGGAGAAACAUCAUGCCAGACCAAAUUCAUAACUUCAGGAAACAUGUGACGAAUAACCUCAACACUCCGUAUGACUACAAUUCUGUCAUGCAUUAUGGAAGAUAUGCAUUCUCUGAAGAUGGCGGACCAACAAUAAUCCCCAGACCAGAUCCUUACAUUCCCAUUGGCCAGCGAGAUGGACCCAGUAGUCUAGAUCUUCAUAAAAUAAAUGUCCUAUAUAACUGUGGUGUCAAUAAUUAACGGACGGAUGACGUGGUUUACAAUAACUUCUUGUGUUGAGUAUGGUCAGAUUGGUGUAAAGCAAUUUUGUCUUUCCAUAAUUUACCUAUUAUCACUCUGGUCUGUAUUUAUACAGACAAUCUACUAAUCUGUGCUUAAGAUAGGGAUGAAUAAAAUAAGCAAGUAAGAAACCAGCGUGAUUUUAAAAUGCCUCCUGCUGCCAAUUGGAUCACUGCAACUUAUCGUUGAAUCGGCUUGUUUCAUUUUUGCCUCCUUCUCUGCUUCUCCUCAUUUAAAAUAAAGGAAGUGCAACUUUAA